AUGGCGCCCAAAGACAAAGAGCGGCUCGAUGGCCCAGGGAAAGGUCGCGGUCGCGGGCGAGGCAAAGGUGGGCGCGGAGCACAGGCUGGUGUGGGUUCAGACACGGCAAAAAGGCUCCAGGAGCUGGAUGGCGGCUCCGUCGAAGCCGAGUCCAAUUUCGAGAUUCUUCGGGCACAGCGAGCGCAAGCUCGAAAGGGGGUCAAGCAGUUCAAGGACAUUCGCGAAAACGAGGGUGUGGAUGAAGACGAUCCACUGAAUAGCAUCGACGAUGGUAUCCGCCUCGAGCCCUUCAACAUGCGCCGAGAGAUGAGGGAGGGACACUUUGAUGAGAGCGGCUUCUACGUACUCAACAAGGACGAGGAGAAAAAGGUGACAGAUGCAUGGUUAGACACCGUCGACCAGGCGGAACGGACAGCCACCUUCAGAGCAGCAGACAAGCAGAACAAGGCUCUGGACACAGCAGCAAAUCGUUUGUCGGCCAUGGCCAAAAACCUGGGUCCGGACUCUGAAGGUGAGGAGGAGGACAUCUUUGAGCGUGUUACCUCUUUCCUCGAGCCUCGGCGCCCGCAGCAUCCCGCCCAUGCAGGCUGGCUCUGUUGGCAGCGGGUCGCUGCAUGGUAUACGAGCAAGGGAUGCAUGGAUGUCGUGCAUGUGGUGAUCUCUGGCAAGUGCCUGCUGAAAAUCUGGCUUUCGGAUCCCGAAGCCUUUGAAACAGCUCGGCGGAUGGCCCUUAUGCUGCCUCUAGAUUCGAAAGUUUCGCGGUCGCGAUUCACCUUGAAACCGCUCAUCGUGCAUGCCAGCUUCCGCUUGCAGCCUGGAAGUCUCGCGACCUUGCUCGGCGACAUCGACCUUGUAGCGUCGCGCUUAGAGGUUGUCCAGUGUCCGAAGCUCCGCGGCUUCGGUGAGAAUCAGUGGAUCUGCGAAGAUCUUUCCAUGGGAGAUGACGAUGAGGACAAAGAUGAUGGAGAAGGAGCGGAAAAGAAGGAGGCAGCCGAAGACCCCAAAAAGACGGCUGAGGAGGAAGCCCAAGAGGACGAGAAAGAUGAAGCCACGAUUAUAGACAUGUUGGAGGAAUUGGUUACUUUCCUCGAGCCCCUGGAGAGUCCUGCCAUGGCGCUGGCGCGUGUGCGCCGCGGUGAAGCAAGGGGGAAGGAGCCGGUCCUCAAGACUCGCGCACGCAUGCGCAAGGCACGCGCGGAGGCAAACCAGGCUGUCACCCUUUCUUCGAAGGAUGGCGAUGCGCGACCCAAGCGAAAAAAGUUCAACGAGUGGGGUUACGAGGAGCCCAGCUCGAUGGACGCGCCGGUGGCAGCGGAGGCACAGACUGAACAGGUACCUGCUGCAUCAGCCUUGGACAAAGCUGCUCCAGUAGGUGCUGAUACGGCGGCUGCUGAGGCGGUUGAGCAGAAGCCCAUAUCCGACGAGGACAGAGGGAAGGUGGAAACAGAGCUGGCCAAAGCAGAAGCUGCACGUGCUGCAGCUGCAGCUGCAGUAGCUGCAGAGCGGGCGGCUGCUGCCGAGUCAGCCAAGGCGGCCGCAGAGAAGUCCAGUGUCACUAACGCUGCGGCGGUGGCAGAGGCAGCAGCAAAGGCAGCUGCAGACGAGAAGGCAGCCGAGGAGGCGGCCAAGGCGUUUGCUGCAGAGAUGAAGAUGUCUCGCAGCAUCGCUCGUGCGCUGGUGCCCGAACAAGGCCCCGAGGCCGCGGCCAUCGUCAACCUCAACUCAGAGGAGACCCGUGAUGUUCGGGAGAAGGCCAUGCCAAAGCUUCCCGAGGAAGUGCCUGCAGAUGGGCCUCCACGACCUGGACACCGGCGCAAAGCGGCUCCAGUAGACGAUGAAGAGGCUGCAAGAAGGGCGAAGAUGAGCCGCCUUACUGACUUGUGCGAUCGCCUUCUCGAGCGGGGCGUGCUGGUUUACGAUUCGGCCCGUGAGCUGCUUGCGAUUGAUGUCCGACAGCGGAAGGGCGAAAACCUGACUGGAGAAGAGGAGUUGGCAGAGCCACCGAAGCAGGCUGAGGCCACGAAAGGCGACAAGAGACCUGCAAACGAUGCCGCGCCUGAGGUCCAGUUCACCAACAAGCGCUUCAAAGCUGGAGCAAGCGAUGCCCCAGCUGUGGAAACAGUCGAAGCCAACUCGACAAGUUCGGCAGGUCCUUCUUCCACAUCACUGCUGUGGCAGUUUCGCUGGGGCCACAACCCUGACGAGAUCAAUGGCCCCUUCGACUCAGUCACGAUGCAGGGCUGGAUGAUGCAGGGUUGCUUCUCCGAUGAACGCCCGGCUGAGUUCCGUCAGUGCGAUGAGAAAAACCAGCCCAAGGAGCGUUGCUGGCAUCGGUGGGACAAGAUUGACUUCGAGCUGUACAUGUAG